AUGUCCACCUUCGAUGGGUUUGUCCGGGAAUUUCCCUCCAUUCAGAUUGACUACUUCCGCAAGAAUCCAGAGAGGCCGCCUCCGCUCGCCUGUUUUCUCAGCCAUGUUCACAGUGACCAUCUUCAAGGGCUGGAGUCCUUUAGAACUCCUUUUAUAUACUGCUCUGCGGCGACUCGAGAGAUGCUCUUACGCAUUGAAAAGUAUCCUCAUCGUAUGAACUUUAGCAAAGGGAUCCUAGAGUCUCGAAAAUUGCAUUACAAACAUCUGUCUAAGCUUCUGAGGCCGAUUCCGUUGAACACGCCAACGGAGCUGGAUCUCACCCCACGGCUGUCAAUCAGAGCCACUCUGUUCGAUGCAAACCACUGCACGGGCGCGGUAAUGUUUCUGAUAGAGGGCAAUGGGAAGGCUAUACUAUAUACUGGCGAUAUUCGCGCUGAACCCUGGUGGGUCAACAGCAUUAUCAGGAAUCCCGUCCUCGUUCCCUAUACCUUGGGGAACAAGCAACUAGAUAACAUAUACAUUGACAACACCUUCGCCCGCCCGUCGCAUGUAUGUCAUACCUUUCCAUCAAAGGCAGAGGGCUUGAAGGAGCUGUUGAACAAAAUCCAAGCGUACCCGGACUGCACUACAUUCUAUCUUCGGGCUUGGACCUUUGGCUACGAAGAAGUCUGGAUGGCACUGUCGGCUGCCCUCAAUUCAAAGAUCCACGUGGACCGGUAUCAAAUGGAUCUAUAUAGGUCGCUGGCCUCUCGCAGUGUGAACGAUGCUCCUUUCCUCUGUGGCUAUGAACUCGGGAACCGGUUCGUUCCAGGCUGCCUUAGCGAGGAUGAGGGUUCCCGCAUCCAUAGCUGCGAGCCAGGCGUUCACUGUCCUGUAGCUGCGUCUCGAGAUACCGUUUACAUUAGGCCGAUUGUGACCCGCACUGAUGAUGGAUUAGAAAUGCCCGAGAUCGGGGCUGGCGGGGGAGGUGGUGAUCUAUACCAAGUUCACGAACUCGAGCUCCCGGACCAGUCAGCAUUGGAACAGUUAGAAAAGCUCUGUUCCGAGCGCAUUCAUGAUAAACAUGCGCUCUCACAGACGAGACAGGCUCUUAUUGACGCGUUCCGAUCAAAAACCAAAGCACUAUCUCUCGAUAAUUACGGAAUGAAAGAUGCACACGACUUGCCCCUAGAAGACCUCGUGGGCAUACUGAGUCGUGGCCGUCCUGACGACGAUUCUGCAUCAAGCGAAGCCAAUCAGCACACACGUCUACGAGACAGACAAGGCAAUCCCCUCCCCAGAAUCAUCCACUUCCCCUACUCCCGCCAUUCCUCCUACUCCGAACUUUGUCAUCUUGUUUCCGCAUUCAGGCCCAAAGACGUCUAUCCUUGCACAGUCGACCCCGUGAGCUGGGAAGAAGAUGUCUCAAUGCAAACCCUCUUCGGGCACCUCUGCAGCGCGACUGGAUUCGCCCACGAUCAGAAGAUGCGGGACUUGACAGCAAAAGAUCCAGAGAUACGAGCAAGAAAAAGAGCCCGCUAUGAAGGUUCCUUUACAACACAGUCAAGCCAACAAACGUCCAGCAUGAUCGACAGCAGUAUACCGGAACCGCUCCAAUUAAGCCAUCCUCCACUCCCAGCAGCCACCAUCGAUCCACUGUCUUCCUCAGACCGGAUUCCUCUUUCAUCGUCUCUCGAGCCAAUCGAAGAGUCCGCUCCAGUACCCACGGGCCAGCCUCUUAUUAUUCCCGCCCUGUCCCCAGAAACUGCAAAGGCACGCCGUGAUGAGAUCCGCCGUGCCUGGCACAUGCUUAACAACGCCGAGCCUUCCCAGCGUGCGCUCUACCAGCUCGACUCCCUCCCUUCCUCUUGGACCGAUGAAGAAACAGAAUUACCCAAAUGUGAAAUCGCUCCGACCCCGCACCCUCCUCCAGACAACCCACCUCAUCCCACCUCUAUAACGGCACCCAAACACACCUUACCCAUCGAAACACAAACGUCCUCCAUUACCAACACCAACCCUGGAACCCAGAAUUUAACAACAGAUACCCAGCCCUCAGCUCCACUCCCACAGCCAGAUGAAACCGAGAAUCAAACUCAAACGAACAGCCAAUUCAGCGAACCGCUGUCCUUAGCAUCAUCAACAUUCGAAUCUCAGGAGCUGGAACCAGACAUUGAGCAACGACAAGACGAUGAAAGUAUAAUUCCCAACUAUGACGGUACAACCGACUAUAUCACCACUUCUCUUCAUCGCCAUCGCCACCAACAACAGCGACAGCAAAGUCUUCGGCGAUCGGUAUCAGCCCAAAUCCGCCGGGACGCAUAUCUAGCCGCACGAGCAGAUAGCUUCGAAGCGUGGGCGGCGGUCUCACUUAUAUCAACUGGGGAUAAUCAUACCGAAGAGGAGAUUGAACUCUGA